AUGGAGCUCAUGAGAAGAGAACCUCAGUCAAGCAUGGCGGGCGGCACGGGGUCACGUUGCCCUGUGCUGCUGCUUUUGCUCGUCAGUGUGGCUGCUCGAGUGGCUUCAGGCAUCGUCACCGACGGCCUAUUACCAAAUGGCAAUUUUGAGCUUGGGCCGGUCAAGUCAGAUCUGAACGGCACCAGGGUGAUGGGUGAAAACUCCAUACCGAACUGGGAGAUCUCAGGGUUCGUGGAGUACAUCGGGUCCGGGCAGACGCAGGACGACAUGAUCCUCCCAGUGCCGGAAGGCGCAUACGCCGUGCGUCUGGGCAACGACGCAACCAUCCGGCAGAAGCUAAGCGUGACUCGGAAGACGACCUACUCCAUCACCUUCUGCGCGGCGCGCACCUGCGCCCAUGCCGAGCGGCUCAACGUGUCCGUCGCCGCGGAGUCCGGCGUGCUCCCCAUCCAGACCGUGUACACCAGCACCGGGUGGGACUCCUACUCCUACGCCUUCAGAGCCAGGCACAGCACCGCGUGGCUCACCAUCCACAACCCUGGCCACGAGGACGACCCGGCGUGCGGCCCCCUCAUCGACUCCGUUGCCAUCAAGGCCCUCAACCCUCCUCGUCUCACCAAGGGUAACAUGCUGAGGAACGGAGACUUCGAGGAGGGCCCGUUCAUCUUCCGGGACACGGCGUGGGGCGUGCUGGUGCCGCCGAUGGACGAGGACGACGUGUCCCCGCUGCCGGGGUGGACGGUCAUGUCGGACACGAAAGCGGUCAAGUACGUGGACGCGGCGCACCACGCGGUGCCGCGCGGCGCGCGCGCCGUGGAGCUGGUGGCCGGCAGGGAGGCCGCGCUGGUGCAGGAGGCGCGCGGCACCGUGCCCGGGCGGCGCUACCGCCUGUCGUUCUCGGUCGGGGACGCGGGCAACGGGUGCGAGGGGUCCAUGGCCGUGGAGGCGUACGCGGCGCGGGAGACGGUGAGGGCGACGUACGAGUCCCGGGGAAACGGCAGCGGGAGCAGCAAGCGCGCCGCGGUCGAGUUCACGGCGAUCGCGAACCUCACGCGCGUGGUGUUCCAGAGCUACAACCACCACAUGAAGCCCGACGGCACGCUCUGCGGGUCCGUCGUGGACGUCUCCCUCUACUUUGGCCGGUGGGGAGCAUCUGGCUGA